CGUACUUUGCCCCCUUCCCCUCAGCAGCAGUGGCAAGAAACAAGUAUGGCGGCCGCCAGUGUUUUCAGACCGGGCUUGUUCAACCACAAAGUUGCGAUAGUAACGGGAGGAGGCACCGGCAUCGGUAAAGCGAUCUCUGCCGAGCUGCUGGAGCUGGGCUGCAGUGUGGUGAUCUCCAGCAGAAAGGCAGAGAGGCUGGAGGCAGCAGCUCAGGAGAUGAGACAAAAAAUCCCUCCCUCCAGCCCUGCGUGUGUCACUCCGCUACCGUGCAACAUCCGCAACGAGGACGAGGUGAAGGCUCUCGUGUCCUCGGUGAUGAAGCAGUUCGGCAGGGUGGACUUCCUGGUGAACAACGGUGGAGGUCAGUUCAGCAGCCCAGCGGAGCACAUGUCCUCCAAAGGCUGGAAGGCCGUGGUGGACACCAACCUGACCGGAACCUUUCACUGCUGCAAAGAGGUCCACGCUGCAUGGAUGAAACAGCAUGGAGGCGUGAUCGUCAACAUCAUCGCUGACAUGUGGAAGGGUUUCCCAGGCAUGGCCCACACAGGAGCAGCGAGAGCAGCAGUGGAUAACCUAACCAAGAGCCUGGCCAUCGAAUGGGCACACUCAGGAGUCCGAGUCAACGCUGUGGCUCCUGGCACAAUAUUUUCCAAAACAGCAAUGAAGAACUACAAGGAGCUUGGACCAGACCUGUUCAAGAUGUCUGUUCCAUUUAGCCCCGCAAAGAGACUGGGAGUACCAGAGGAGAUCUCGUCAGCAGUGUGUUUCCUGCUCUCUCCGGCCGCCUCCUACAUCUCUGGGGCCACACUGAGGGUGGACGCAGGGCAGAGUCUGUACGGCUCCAUGUGGGAAAUACCCGACCACAGUGCAUGGCCUGAGGCUCCAGAGGGGGAGAACUUGGAUGCACUGAAGGACCUGCUCAACCCACAGAGCAAACUAUAAUGGGACAUAGUCUGAGCCCAAUGCAUAAACGCACAACUACCCAAUAGGCAGCAUGGAUGUUGAGUGUGUCCGAGUACAGACCCCACAAGUCAAACUUUGGAAAAUAAAAUAAAUAAAAUAUU